AUGACAUUAUGUUCAUACGUCUUCUUUUUACCACAUGAUGUCAAACGGACCGGGUUUGACCAGGUUCAGAAGACUACAGAGUCCCGACACUCAACGAUGCAAGAAGGAGAUCGUUACCAUAGCCUGGGUUGCUGGAAGGACCACAGUAGUCGUGCCAUUCCAACACUAGAGGGGCUAGAUUCAGGCCUGGGGGACAUGCACAACUACAAAACACGGAGUAACGCCGUCGAGAAAUGUUACCAGGCAGCAAAAUCUCGGUCCUUUACCGUGUUUGCUGUACAGUAUGGCGGGCAGUGUUUCGGGUCUGCUGACGGGCACAACACCUACUGCAAGUACGGCCGUUCCACCGCCUGUCAAGCGGACGGCAAAGGCGGGACUUGGGCAAAUGAAGUGUACCGGAUUUCAACACGGACUGUGAAUAUUGCCUUGGGUAAAACAGCGGUUCAAUCAAGUAAUGAAAACGUUCUGGGGAAAGAAUGGAAUGCCAGGCUUGCUGUAGACGGAAACACUGACUCCAACCACUACCAUGGAUCCUGCACACACACUACAGCUGCAGGAGAAACUAAUCCAAGCUGGUGGGUGGACCUUGGCCAGCCGUAUGCGAUUGAAAGGGUGCUCAUCUUCAACCGGAUGGACUGCUGUCAGGAACGACUCAACCCCUUCAACAUUCACAUCGGCGAUUCCGACCAGGUCAGCACGAACCCCAGGUGUGGUGGUGAUCACCGAAUCGACGUAAAAAAACCGUCCAUUUCGGUCUCAUGUCAGGGGAUGAAGGGGCGGUAUGUGGGCGUCCGUCUUCCCGGUUACAACCGGAUUCUGAGCCUGUGUGAGGUCAAUGUACUUUCGGUUGGCUCAAACGUGCGAACUGAUGGCUGCCAGCAUGGCUACAUACGAGUAGGGUGGCGCUGUAUCCGACUUGUUCCCAUCCAAAAGUCAUUUCCGGACGCAGAGCAGGCCUGUGUGGAGGAAGGGGCUACUCUAGCCAUGCCUAAAACGAAGGAAUGGGACCACGCUCUAAGACACCUGGUCAAAACAUCAGGAGGCAACUUCGAUCAGACUUGGAUCGGGAUGAGGGUGAUCGGUACUGGCAUCCGCUUCGAUAUGUACGAAUUAAAGUCGGUGGACGGUUUACCCCUGGGACAGUACAGGGGUUGGCACCCAGGUGAACCAGCAAGCGUCAAAUAUCUAGGGUCCGGGGAUUCGCUAUGCGUCCAGUACUGGUACUCAGGACGUACCGCCGAUCCAAUGUGGGACGACGCUGACUGUAAUGCGAAAAAUCCGUACAUCUGCCAAUCCUCCCCUGCCUAA